CUUCAGCCAGUUAGGCUUGUUAAAUAAACCGGUAUUUCCUACAAAGCUGAUUGCUCAGACAGAUACUCCAACACUAGGGCUUCAGUGAGGUGGACACUUUCAAUCCAGCGAUCACCAUGGAUUCCAGACGACCAAGUUUUCCUCCACGCAGAUCAACUCUGAUUAAUCAAGGACCUCCAAAACGAAUCCGUCUACAUACAGAAAGAAGAGCGUUUGAUGAAAAUGGGAAAGUCAGAAAAUGGACUUAUGGAAAAAAAGACACCAGUAAACAAAACAAAAUUGUUCUGUUGGUGGGAGAAACUGGCGCAGGCAAGACGACUAUCAUCAAUACUGCGGUCAACUACUUACUGAAUGUGAAUUUUGAGGAAGAAAUGUGGUAUGAAAUUACAGAAGAAGAAGCUGGAGACCAAUCAGAAUCUCAAACCUCUGAAAUCACCAUUUAUGAGAUCUUUCCUGUAGACAGUCCCAUGUCGCUCACCAUGAUUGAUACUCCAGGCUAUGGAGACACUAGAGGACUGGAAAAAGAUCUGGAAGUUGCUGCGAAUUUAGCCACUCUGUUUCAGAGCAGCGACGGAGUUCGUGAAGUUGAUGCCGUGUGUUUUGUGAUUCAAGCAUCUAAGAAUCGUCUCUCAGACAGGCAGCAUUACAUUAUCAGUUCAAUUCUGUCUUUGUUUGGAAAAGACAUUAUGAACAACAUUGUGUUUUUAAUCACACACUCUGAUGGUAUGGCACCCAAAAACGUCCUCAGUGCCAUCAAUAAAGUUAAAAUCCCUUGCAGACGAGACAAAAGCGGCCAACCUGUUUAUUUCUUAUUCAACAAUCGGCAGGCUGAUGCCCGUCACACUCAAGAGCGUCACAUUCGUGCUCAAAGCACCGCCUGGGAAGCCAGUGUGGACAGCAUGACGGAUUUCCUUCAGUCUAUGAACGAAAUGAACAGAAGAAGUUUAGAGAUGACUUCAGAUGUCCUCAUUGAGCGCAGUCAAUUAGAAGCGGCCAUCUGCAACUUAAAGCUGCGAAUUCAGGAGAAGGAACUGAAAAAAGCUGAAAAACUUCAGAUUCAGGAUGCAAUAAAACAAAACAAGGAAAAGAUUGAAAACUGUAAAAACUUUACUAUUAAAGUUAAAAACACUAUCAAAGAGAAGGUGCCCAUUGAAAGUGCUUCAUGGAAGAACAGGAAGGCAACGACCUGCACUGUCUGUGAGGAAAACUGCCAUGAGUUUGACUGCUGGUGGGUUUCUGAUCCCAGUAAUUGUGAAGUCAUGAAAAAAGGCUACUGCACAGUGUGCACCGGGAAGUGUCACCACAGCAAACAUGUCAAAGAAAACAAGAAAUACAUAAUCAAAUCCUCAGUUAUGAUGAUGGAAUUUGAUGACAUUAAUAAGGAAUAUGAAAAAGCUCAAGAAAAAACCAAGAGGUAUUCGAUUAUAAUGGAUUCGCUUGACAAAGAUCUGCAGGAGAUUGAAACCCAAAAGUCAAUUCUUCUGUUCAAUGCUUACAAGACCAUCAAGCAUCUGUCUCAGAUCGCAUUAAAACCAGACUCUGCCUUCACUCUUCAGCAUCUUGACUUCUUCAUCCCCAGAGUGAGGGAGGCUGGGAAAGAAAACUGGGUCCAAGAGCUGGAGGAAAUGAGGAGAACCGCUGAAGCAGAGGAAGCAAAUAAAGAUGCUCUGAGUUACCUUAAGGCUGGUCUGACAAAACUUUUCCUUGGUGGGCAAAGUUGAAAUUCCUUAAAUGGCGGGGAAAUGGUUAACUAAUCAAUAAUACUUUAUUACAUACUUUAAAUUAGUAUUUUGGGUACUGGAUGGUAACAGAAAAUGUUGCAAACACAAACAAUAAUUUGUUUUGUUAAUCUUAAAAAAAAAUUUCCUGUACUUUUCUUUUUGCUUAUGGUUAUGUCAUUCAAAUGAUCAGAUUGUCUGUUUAUAAAAAUUAUUGAAAUCAAAAUAAAUGUAAUUCUCAAACUUGAUAUUUCCUUCAUUUGAUUUCUAUUUCAGUCAGGCUUUUCAGAGUCAAGCCAGCUGACCUCUUUAAUGUCAGGUUUGUUUCUACAAUAAGUAUAUAGCUUGGUAAAAAAUUAGGGUGUUCCGAUCAUAAGUUUUGGGGUCGACAAUCAAUCACUUAAUGUAUUAGCUGACACAGGUCAUGAUCACCAGUCUUUUUUCCAGGUAAUAUUAUUUAUAGAGAUGUUCCAAUAAGAUUUAUUUUCAGACAGUAUUUAUUUUAUUUAUUUAGCCAUUUUUACAACACACCAUUUUUAUAUAAGGAUUGAAUCUGAUUAAUCUGAGACUUCUAAUUCAUAUUUACAACUUCCUAACCAGCAAUCCUAAUGUAAUGUAAAGUUCUAACAUGCAGGAAAUGGUUUUGGUUGUAAAUGUAUGUUUUUAUUAAAUCAAACACAAAAAAGUUUUUCAACAAAGAGAAACCAAGUACACAUUGAUCUCAAUA